AGAAAAGGUCAAGAGAAUGGAGCUAUCUUUACCCGCUGCUCUCACUGACACUGUUCCCUGCAAAAGCCUGUCACUCACUCUCACGCUCUCACCAUCUCCAAGAACCACCAAGAUGAGAAACCACCGAGUACAGAUCCUCCCUCUACUCAUCGUCUUCAUCUCCGUCGCCACCCUCCUCUCCCUUCCCGCCGCCUCCGCCCAGCCGCCGCCGGUCGCGUGCAGCCCAUCAAGGCCCUCCGCCACGGCCUUCCCCUUCUGCAAUGCUUCGCUCCCCAUCAGCCAGCGCGCCCAGGACCUCGUCUCCAGGCUCACAUUGAACGAGAAGAUCUCGCAGCUGGUCAACUCCGCCCCGGCCAUCCCCCGCCUCGGCGUCCCCGCCUACGAGUGGUGGUCCGAGGCCCUCCACGGCAUCAGAGACCGCCACGGCAUCCGCUUCAACGGCACCAUCCGGUCCGCCACCAGUUUCCCCCAGGUCAUCCUCACCGCCGCCUCCUUCGACGGCGACCUCUGGUACCGCAUCGGCCAGGCGAUAGGGACAGAGACGAGGGGGAUGUACAACGCGGGGCAGGCGACGGGGAUGACGUUCUGGGCGCCCAACAUCAACAUAUUCAGAGACCCGAGGUGGGGGAGAGGGCAGGAGACGCCCGGCGAGGACCCGCUGGUCGCCGGAAAGUACGCCGUCUCGUUCGUGCGGGGCUUCCAAGGCGACGCCUUCCAGGGCGGAGGGGAGCCGCGUGGGAGGAGCCUCCAGGCGUCGGCUUGCUGCAAGCACUUCACCGCCUACGAUUUGGACAACUGGAAGGGCGUGGACCGUUACAUCUUCGAUGCUCGGGUGACGGCACAAGACAUGGCAGAUACCUUUCAGCCGCCGUUUCAAAGGUGCAUCCAGGACGGGAAGGCCAGUGGGCUCAUGUGCGCUUACAACCAAGUCAACGGCACCCCCAGCUGCGCAGAUUACAAUCUCCUCUCCAACACCGUCCGUCAACAAUGGUCUUUCGACGGGUACAUAGUAUCGGAUUGCGAUGCUGUCUCCAUCAUAUACGAAGACCAAAGAUAUGCCAAGACACCAGAGGAUGCUGUUGCCGAUGUCCUCAAAGCUGGCAUGGAUGUCAACUGUGGAGAUUACCUACAGAAACAUGCUAAAUCCGCUGUCAAGCAAAAGAAAGUGUCGGUGUCCGAGAUAGACAAAGCGCUUAACAACCUCUUCUCAGUGAGAAUGAGGCUAGGACUCUUCAAUGGCGACCCCAAGAAACAACCUUUCGGCAACAUAGGCCCGGAUCAGGUCUGCUCCCAAAAGCAUCAAGAUUUGGCUCUUGAGGCUGCUCAAAGCGGCAUUGUGCUUCUGAAGAAUAAAGAAAAUCGUCUGCCUCUUCAGAGAUCAGAUUCCAUGUCGCUUGGGGUAAUAGGCCCCAAUGCCAACAAUGCCUCGAUGCUACUUGGGAACUACGCGGGACCGCCGUGCAAGUCCGUAACACUGCUGCAGGCUCUGCAAAGUUAUGUGAAUGACACAAGGUAUCAGGCGGGUUGCGACAAUGUAACAUGUUCGGUGCUGCAGAUCGCCCAGGCCGUGGAAGUAGCAAAAGUAGUAGAUCACGUGGUGCUAAUCAUGGGGUUAGAUCAAACUCAAGAGAGGGAGAAGUUCGAUCGUGUGGAUUUGGUCCUUCCCGGCAGGCAACAGGAGCUCAUCACGACCGUUGCCCAAGCUGCAAAGAAGCCGGUCAUUUUGGUGAUUCUCUGUGGGGGUCCCGUUGACAUUAGAUUUGCCAUUGAAGAUCAGAACAUCGGAAGCAUCUUGUGGGCCGGUUAUCCUGGUGAGGCCGGCGGGAUGGCGUUGUCAGAAAUCAUCCUUGGUGAAUAUAAUCCUGGAGGGAGACUGCCAGUGACUUGGUACCCACAAGAAUUCACCGGAGUGCCAAUGACCGACAUGAGGAUGAGGCCUGAACCGUCCACUGGCUAUCCCGGGCGCACAUACCGGUUCUACCAAGGCCCAUCGGUUUUCGAGUAUGGAUACGGGCUUAGCUACACGGAAUAUUCUUACAAGUUCAUAUCUGUUACCAAGGAACUUUUCUACCUAAACCAAUCCCCUAAAUCUCAAUCUGAUGAAGCCUCGGAUGCCUCCCCUCGGUAUAGACCAGUUUCGGAUUUGGGAGCAGUUUGCAGGAAGGGCGAUAUUGCCGUCACACUCGAGGUCAGGAACCGUGGCGACAUGGAAGGCAAGCACCCAGUGUUGCUCUUUGUGAGGCAUGCAAAGCCGAGCAGAGGGAAUCCGAGUAAGCAGCUGGUGGCCUUCCAGAAUGUGGAACUGAAGGGGGGCGAAACCGUGGAGAUCCAAUUGGCAUUUAACCCUUGCGACAACCUGAGUCAAGCCGAUGAAAAUGGCACGAUGAUAAUAGAAGAAGGACAGCGCUUCUUGGAGGUGGGAGAUCAAGAGUACCCGAUCGCUGUGAUGGCCUGAUGCGUGAAUUUGGCCAGUCGUUCUUCUUGAAAUUUUAAGGAUUUUUGCGCUUGCUAGACUUCAAUUAGCAUAUUUGGCGAGAAUAGCACAAAAGGAUUCCGACAGCAA